AUGGCGUCUAUGAGUACAGUCUCAUUAAAAAAAAUUGGGGCUUCGUCCACCCUGACGGACCAAAAAGAAAACUUGACACCACCAACAACGGCACAAAUCGGAUCUAAAAAAUCAGCUAGCCUCAACUUAAAUCAGUUUUAUGAAAUUUUGAACCAUUGUAGUAAAGAUAAUUUGGAUCCAGUUUCAAAAGUUUGCGAGAUUAUGGAUGUGAGUGAAUGCGAAGAGAAUAUAAAUUGUAUUGAGGCGCUCAUCCACCUGCACACUGUGAAAACUAAAACUAAAAUGGAAUCGUGGCGUAAACAAAAUUCAAAAAACCGUGAAAAUAUGUUUUCGAAAAUUGUUCUCGAAAUAAAAGAUUUAACACAGCGACCAAAAACACCUAAAAGACCUGCCAGAGAUUUCAGUGAAGUUGGAACUAGGCAAAAAAGGCGAAAACUAACUGAUUUAAAUGAACAACUUGACGAAUUUGCGGAAUCAAACGGUAUUUCAGUAAAUCAAGUGAUUGGCUACUUAUUAUAUCAGCGAAAUUAUAAUUCUAACAAAAAGUUAGCUGAUUUAGGAAAAGAAUUAUAUGAAAGUAGUGAUAUUAGCUCAGCCAAAAAUGAACUUGAUUUAAACGCAACUUUAGCAUUAAAAACUCAUUUAGAAAUAUCAAGAAACCAACUCGAUUUUUUAAAAAUGUUUUGCAGCCCAUAUAUGAACAUUCCUAACAGAGAGUACAUCAGACAACAUUCGAAUACACUACUACCAGUACUUGACCGUUGGUCCACCGGGCCAGAUAGAAGAGAAACCGGAAUUUUUAUAGCCAAUCGGGAAGAAGUAAUUAUAUUAACCAUAAAACGUUUGAUUGAAAUGCUUCAAAAACAAAAUAUUACUGUUCCAAACAAAUUACAAUACCGAGAAAAGUCAGGACACGAUGGGGCCGGUAGUAUGACAAUGUACAGAAGUGUUAAUUCUCCUAUGGAAUCCGCUAAUAUUUUCAGUAAAAUGUUUAGUCCAUUGAGUUUAAAGAGCGAUAAAGAUGUAGUAUUAUGGAGCAAUCCAAGCCCAAAUUCUUCCCACUAUUGCCGCCCAUUAGCCUUAAUCGCUGAAAAAGAGAGUAAAGAGCUUUUGCGUUCUGUUAACGAAAGAUUUGAACCACCUGAAAAAAGGCUAAGUGAGCAAGGAGUGGAUUUUGAAUUUAACGGCACGAAUUAUCAAGUCAGUAUAAAAACCGAAGCAUCGAUGAAAGAUCUUAAAAUUCGGACUCUAGAAUCAGGCCUCGGCGGAGCGGAAUGUUUGUUAUGUAGUACGCGUUCAGAAGAUUGGAAAAACCUAGGAAAACUGAAAAAGUUUGACUCAUUUUCAAUCGAUAGAACCGCUGAAAAAACACUGGAACUUUAUAAACAGAUGGUAGAUGCCGACGGUAGUGUCCCUCGUGAGAAAAACGACUAUUCAGUUAGAGGAGGCCUUACUAACCAGCCACUUUCCAUCAAUGACAACCACUUUAUCACUGUAACACAUGAAUACAUUAACGGAACGCAUUGGGUACUGAAAAUUCUUUAUCAUUUACGCGCGGGCGUUCUGAAGUGGAGUGAAAGAGGUUUUAAAGAAAAAAUAAAAGAUGCUAAAUUAUCAGUUUUGAAUGAAAUCGAAAAA